AAUGAAGCCCUCUACCCACAGCGGCGCUCCUAUACCAGUGAGGACGAAGCCUGGAAGUCCUUCCUGGAAAACCCUCUCACGGCGGCAACUAAAGCGAUGAUGAGCAUCAACGGAGAUGAAGACAGCGCAGCUGCGCUGGGCCUGCUCUAUGACUACUACAAGGUCCCCAGAGAGCGCCGGUCAUCAGCCGUCAAGCCUGAGGGAGAGCACCCAGAACCAGAGCACAGCAAAAGCAUACCAAAUGUGACGGAGCAACCCCUCAUUUCUGCUGGAGAAAACAGGGUGCAAGUGCUGAAAAACGUGCCCUUCAACAUCGUCCUCCCCCAUAGCAACCAGCUGGGCAUUGAUAAGAGAGGCCAUCUGACAGCUCCUGAUACAACAGUCACUGUCUCCAUAGCGACCAUGCCUACCCACUCCAUCAAGACAGAAAUCCAGCCGCACGGCUUUGCUGUGGGAAUCCCACCAGCCGUGUACCACUCUGAGCCCACCGAACGCGUGGUGGUUUUUGACCGGAGCCUCAGCACUGAUCAGUUCAGCUCUGGCACUCAGCCCCCCAAUGCUCAGCGGAGGACUCCAGACUCCACCUUCUCUGAGACCUUCAAGGAGGGCGUUCAGGAGAGUGUGAUCAUGGUGGUUUUUGCUGAAGACAAAAGCAGAGAAGACCAGCUAAGACACUGGAAGUACUGGCACUCCCGUCAGCACACAGCCAAACAGAGGUGCAUUGACAUCGCUGACUACAAAGAAAGCUUCAACACCAUCAGCAACAUUGAGGAGAUAGCUUAUAACGCCAUUUCCUUCACGUGGGACAUCAAUGAUGAGGCAAAGGUCUUCAUCUCUGUGAACUGCUUGAGCACAGAUUUCUCUUCUCAGAAGGGUGUGAAGGGCUUGCCGCUCAACAUUCAAAUCGACACAUACAGCUAUAACAACCGCAGCAACAAGCCGGUUCACCGGGCCUACUGCCAGAUAAAGGUCUUCUGCGACAAGGGAGCUGAAAGGAAAAUUCGGGAUGAAGAACGAAAACAGAGCAAGAGAAAAGUGUCUGACGUUAAAGUGCAGCUGCUUCCCUCGCACAAACGGACAGACAUCACAGUGUUCAAGCCCUUCCUGGAUCUCGACACUCAGCCUGUCCUCUUCAUUCCUGACGUGCAUUUUACCAACCUGCAGCGGGGCAGUCAUGUCCUUUCCCUCCCCUCUGAAGAACUGGAAGGUGAAGGCUCUGUCUUGAAAAGAGGGCCAUUCGGAACCGAAGAUGACUUUGGAGUUCCUCCUCCUGCUAAGCUGACUCGGACAGAAGAACCCAAGAGAGUGCUGCUCUAUGUCCGAAAGGAGUCAGAAGAAGUCUUCGACGCCCUGAUGCUCAAGACACCGUCUUUGAAGGGCCUGAUGGAGGCAAUUUCAGACAAGUAUGAUGUCCCCCAUGACAAGAUUGGGAAAAUAUUUAAGAAGUGCAAAAAAGGGAUCCUUGUGAACAUGGACGACAACAUUGUGAAGCACUACUCCAAUGAGGAUACCUUCCAGCUGCAGAUAGAGGAAGCCGGUGGCUCGUACAAGCUCACCCUGACAGAGAUUUAAAGGGGCAGGGGCGGGGAGCGCUCGGCUCCCAGGCGUGGGAAUUCAGUGAAAGUGUUCCAGCUGAGAAGCCCAGGCACCUACCCUGCAGAACCUUAAAUAUCAGGGAAGGAACCUUUCACGUAGGAAAUGGCGCUGUGUAUACCGUGCUGUGUUGAUGUUUUCUUUGGGAUAGAAAUCCAUGUGUUGUUUUGUUGUUGUUGUUGUUUGAAUUUCUGAUGUGCUUAGAAAGCGAAGCAUAAGAACUUUGUACCAGAUCUAAGAGACCAUGGGACCCUUAGGGUUACCUGCUCCACUACCUGUCAAAGUCUGCCUGUGUCCAUGAGAGUGGCAGGCUACUGGCUGGCGAGAGAGGGGAAGGCAGUAACUUGUCUUUAAGGCUUUUGUGUUCUCGCCUGACCUCAGUCUAACUCUGACUGCCUUGAGGAGUGGGCCCAGCCCUCAGCAAUAAAGGGCUAAGCCUUCUCCCUCCACCUCUCCUCCAGUGUUUACUAAAUAGGGUGCAUUACUGGAACCUUCCCUUGCAACUUCCUUGGACAUGUGGACUGCCUUUCUGAUGAAGAACUUGCGUGAGUGACAGUGUGAAGUUAGCUCUGUUAAAGCUGCGUUGUAUAUAAGUGCAAUAUCUUUUUGAAG